CGAGGUAGGAAAGGGCCGCUAGCGGGAGAUUCACGAAACUUCUGUGCGUCUCCCAUCGUAGGAGUUUCCAGACUUGUGAAUAAGUAUUUAGGUUUGAUUUGAAACAUCGGGCGUCGGCCGUAAUCAACAACAACCGAAACAAUGUGUUUCCAAGUUAUAAGUAAACGGUGAAGAGACAUCGUUGGGAAAUAGCGUCAUUGAAGUAAAGCACGUUAAUUUGUGUAACUUAACCAUAAAAUAAGAGAGAUUACCGUGACAAUGAAUUAUGGAAAAAAAUCUCCCAGCAUGGGUACACCCUCGGUGUAUUCCCACGUUACCACGCGUAGCAGUGCGAAUUUGAAAUCAUCACGAUCGAUGCGUAGUGUCAAAAUCACACCUUGGUAUCAGAAACCAAUUUUAACGCACGCCUAUGUGCUUGACAUUCAAAGAGGUGCGAUGUUUACAGCGAUAUUUUCACUGUGUUUGGCGGUUUUUACCAUUUGUACCUCGAUAUUUGAUCUUUAUUGUCUCUCGCAAGCUGCACCAGGUUCGACUCACUACGGUUACUACGUGAUAUCGUACGAAUUCGUUUACGUGGGUAAUCGACACGUUCGUAAUGCCCUGGUUGUCUUUUCUUUGUUCUCCAUGCUUGCCGCAGUGGCGGUAUUUGCAACCUCGUUGAUGCUAAUCACUGCCUUAAGGAAGGAAUACGAAAAGAAAACGGUGCCAUGGUUGUACUGUUUUGCAGCUUUCACUGUCUUCAGAUUAUUUUCUUUCGUAUUUUCUAGCGUGGUAAACGAUAUGAUAUUUGCUUAUAACAUUGCUAUGUGUCUGUUGUGGAUAAUAUUCAUUUGUAUUUCCAUUUAUGGAUGGUUAAUUGUAUAUUCUUUAUACUUGGAAUUGUCUGACCUAACGAGAUUAGAAGAUUUGGCGCAUUUAAGGAUCGGCACUAUGCAGUCGUUGAACGCAUCUACUACUCACUCUAUCGCCGGUUCUCGUCCAACGACCCCGCAUAGCGCGGUGUCGACGAUGCCUGCCAAUUAAAUACAAACAUGACGAUACCUUUUGUGCUUGGUCGUGUUUAACGCGAGAAUUGGAAAGCGAUUCAGGUAAAUCGCAUCCCGCUUUAGAAUAUAUGAAACACGACGAGACGGUCCGCAGACGAGCCGUUAUCAAGAUCCUGCCUUGGCUCCAGUGCCUUCUAUCCGUAAGUCUAACCUUUCAUCUCUUUUCCAUCCGUCCGUCCAUUUACUUGAAAAUCCGUCCAAUAUUUUAGUGACGAAAAAUCGUUGAUAAAUGUUUUUAUACGUAGAAUUUUAUAUCGUUAUACGAACGUAGCAUUAAGCUAUAUGUAGCUAAAAUUACAAAAAAUAAAAUGCUAUGUCUCUAGGAAGGAGGAGAUUAAUUAUACGAUUAUUCAAGUAACUGAUUUUUAUUAAUAAUAUAAAAUUGCGUGGAACUUACAUAGGACGGCUUUUUAAUUAAUUCGUGAAAAGAACGGAAAGAGGGUAUGUUUCUUCUCAAUUGGGGGGUUGUUCGGAAUAGGAAUUGGCGGAUGGUCGAUUCAAAAUUCUGUCAAACAGAUCCACUAAUACAUGAAAAGCAGCGUACAAAUAGUAGAUCAUUCUUCCCAAGAUCGUUAAAAGGAAUAUACCGAUCGCAAUAGCUAAGUUUGAGAGUAUUCCGAAAGUAGCUGUUAAUACGUACAAAGCGAUCGCGAGACACAUUUUACGUUCAUUUCCGUUAGAUGGUUAUCCGCUGACCAUUGUCCAUUCGUUGUUCUUCGACAAACAAACGAAAAACGUAAACGAGAUAUCGAAAAUAUAACGCUGAUUUGCGAGGUGCAACAGCUACGCGAAAUUUGAAAUUGCACACGAUGCUUCGUCGAAGGAAUGCGCUUGAAACGAAGAGAACGCGACGUGCAUAUUUCAUUGACGUUAAUAGAAAUUUCGCGAUUGUUGUGUAUCGUACAGGAAAUGAGAACGAAUAUAUUAAUGAUCUUGAUCGUUAUCUUACGAGCAGGAAAAACGCGUCACGCGAUACAAGUAUCGGGAACCUGAAACAGUCGAUUAGCAGCAGUAACGCGAAUAGCGAUAAACGCGUCGUAAAGUAUGUACGCGGUAUAAUAAGAAAACCAAAUGACGAAGAGGAAGACAGUGUACUUGAGAAGAUAAUGGAGAACGGUGAAUCUGAAAAAUGAAAACGUAACGAGUUAAUAUCAUUCAGGAUGCGAUAUGUAUCGCUUCGUUUGUAGAUGAUUCGACUGGGUUACCUGGCCAUUCGCAGUUUCGCGCGAUCUAUCGUGCUCGGAUCGUCUUUGAAAAUGUGUAUCCUCAGUCCGCGCACGCAUUUGUACAUGAAAUCAUCCCAGUCAAAUUUGCUCAUCGAAAACGUAAACAGAGCUUGAUCGGUCGGACAAAGGCUAUCCCAAAGAUUCUUGGUAUUGUCAUAAGAGAAGUUCCAUUCGUGUGUACCAAAGUAGCUGGUAACAGCGCAGAAUUUGUGCAGUUUUUUGUACAUUUUUAGAAUUCUGUGAGAAAGAAACACAGAGUAUGUUAUUACUUGCGGCAAAGUUGACCACGUAGCGAAAGAGGAAUUAAAAAUCACCUAGGUCUUUUGCCAGUAAUGAUUCUCGCAAUAUCAACGAGCGUGGCGGGUAGCAAGUGGAGGAGCACGAUCAAGACGAAGUACGCGUAAAUACUCUUAGCGGGGGUGAAUGUGUAGCACCAGACGCUACGAACACUUGGGACUUGCCUUCCAUGUUUCACAGCAAGAUUCAUGUAUCGACCCCAGGUGAUGCCGGUGGUACCCCACGAAGAAUGAUAAUUAUAGAUAGGAGGAUCACUUCCGGUGCUACUGUAACGCUUCGUCGCAACUGCCCAAGCGAUAACGAUAAGAGCAUUGACGGUGUAAUCGGCUGGGAUCAAUUCAGCGACGCAGUUCUUAUCCAUGUUCAUGGUCCUCAUGAGGCCGAUACCAGCCGCUGCGAGACCUCCGGUGGGUCCGUACACGUUGUCCACCCAACCCUCUAUCGGCUCUUUGUACGUCGAGAGCACUGAUUACAGGAAGCGGAAGAGAAGAAAGAUGGAUAAUAAACAAUUGAUAUCGUUUACCUAAAAAUAUUAGGAUAUUACCUAUGGCGGGACGAAAUAUUCCAACAGGCAAAUCCUUUCCGUAUCGGCGCACCAAUUGUUCCGCAAUGCACUUUGUAUAAACGUACGUAUUCGGAAAGGUACCUAGCAGCGUUUUCGUCAGACGAUUCAGUUCCUGCUCCGUCAAAUUCACGGCCAACUCCAUCGUGUCUUCAGCUGGUCAAACACCGAUACCCAAUAUUUUUCGGAUCUUCGCGAAGAAAGAAAUACAGAAGAAUAGUAUACUUACCGGAUAUAGGAGCGGGGUAAAAUUUCUCAGCGACAUUCUUGCGAUUGCAAUUGCUGUAGGCGGUCGAUACGUGUAUCACGACCUUAAAAUCAAGCGGUUAAAAACGACGGAGAGAGAGAGAGGGCGGUAUGGAAUUUACCUGUAAGGCCGGCAUUCGUUUGCACAGGUCCAUCAGUUCCUUCGUCCCGGUCACAUUGACCGCGAUCGCCUUUUUUAAUUUUUCAUCGAAUCGCACAGUGGCCGCUACGUUGAACACCACCGAGAUCUCCCGCGUUAACAAAUCCACGUCUUCCGAUGACAAACCAAGUCCGGGCAACGCACAGUCGCCGGAAACAACCCGGAACUUCUGACGAAACUUCGGUACCUUCUCUCUGAGACGAUCGAAUACCUUUUUCACGGCGCAUACGUAUAACCGGAGAAAGUGAAAUUAGUCGGUGCCUUUGACAACGCAAUCUGGGCUAAUCGAAUACUUACGGCUUCGUCGAAUAUUCUUUCGAAACGUUCACGCGCCGAUUCAUUCUUUUUCGAGCGUGCCAACGCGUAAACGCGCUUGAUCCCCGUGCACGUUCGAAGCAGUUUCUCGAUCAACAGUUUUCCCAGGAAUCCGGUCCCUCCUGCGCGCACAUAUCAUUUUUUCGUUUUAUUGCGUAUCGCAUCGUCGCGGAAAUUUUUACCUGUCACCAACACGCUCUGACCAGCGUAAAACGUUUCAACCAGCGACGCGUUCUCCUCGAUCAUUUCUCGAACCCUUUUCACCCCCGGUUGCGUUAGUUCUCUCUGUGGCUGCCGUUUCUCGAUCGGCCUCUUCUUCUACGCAAACUUCCGUACGAUCCAGAUGACUUUUGGGACGGUGGCGCGCGUUGCAAGAGAAAACGCGCAGUACUAAAUGCAACGACGUUCCUUGCAAUUUUUUUUUCUGACCUUCGAAACGGUUCAAGAGAGAGGAGGAAGAGAAAAGAGACAAUACGUUGCCUAUUCGAGAGCAACCGGUAGUGGGGAUUUAUGCCCAAAAGCAAGUGCAUAGGAAGAAGAAAUGAAGACAAUUUGAUUUCUGUAAAAAAAAAAAAAACAAAGAAGAAAAGUUCUCUUUAUUACAAACGGAAAUGUAAAAUACAACAAAUGUACACGUAUAAAAGACAGUCGAAAUACGGGCGCUGUUUGCACAAGUAAAAUGGUCGUCUUAUAAGAACGUUCGUAAAAGAAAGAAAGAUAAAAGAAUAGAGAAAUGGAAGGAAGCGCAUUUGUUCUCUUGUCUAGUUCGAUGAUGGUCGAGAAAUAGAUGAGAAUAGAAGGAACAACGGGAUGCGGCAAUUAGUAUGGCUCCCUUGGUUUUCUUCUUUCCCCUUUCGUUCUUCCGAGCUGUUCAGACUGUUGAGCCACAGAAAGCUUAAUCGCGCUUUCGAUCAAAGAUACCAGCACCGAUGGACGAGAUGAGCGACGCUCGAAUUCGUCGGAGCUAACAACGUUCUAACGACGUCGAUUUGCUGGAUUAGCUACGUAGAUUUCCAUACGUAACCCCGGAACAUAUGAAACGCGGCUAGCCAACAUAUCCGUAGAACACCGUAGGCGACGAUUAAUUUCAACGCCUGAUGAAUCCAGUACAAUCUGGAAAGUAAUAAAAAAUGGUAAAGAAACGGUUAAUCGAUAUUCGCGCGCUAGGGAGACUUACCUCUGCCAUUUAACUAGCGCCUGCGGAAGUGUGUCCAGGGGGUCCUUUAUCAGAUAAAUGCGAAUCCCCUUCACGUACGUUUGGAAGUAACGAUCCCAAUUAACAUUUUUGAUAUCGCAGGCAAAGUGUUCCUUGUAAUCUUCAGGAGUCAUUUUGUUCAGUAGCGCUUUAAAAUUGUCGUUGGAAAACUUCCAUUCCUUCGUCGCGAAAUAUUUCAGCACGUCCAUGAACUUGUGUAUCUUUUUGUAGAUCUUCAGCAUUCUUUGAAAAGAGAAAGGAUUAGCGAUACGGAUUAGUGGACUCGUGAACAUGUUGACGAUGAUAUUAAGAAGGAGGAAGAUGAGAAGUAGAAGGGAAUUACCUCGGUUGUUUUCCUAAACAAAGCGUGACGGUAUCGAUCAAGAGCGCCGGUAGUAGAUGUAAAAAGUAGACGUAGAAGAAGUGCACCAAUUUGUACUUGGUGUUUCGAAAGCUGUAGUACCAUAUCGCUUUUUCGGUAGGAAAUUGGAGACCAUAUUUUUCGGACAUACAUUUCAACUGCUCGUACGUUAUAGGAUUGUCCGUCGAGACGUAAUGGUAAACCGGUAUAUUAUUCUCCUUCUUUUGGUCCGUGUUGGUAGCGGUAGCGGUGGCUCUGUAAGUUCAGGCAAAGAUCAAGAGAAACGUGACGAAAAACGCAAAGACAAUAGAUAAAAGUUUAAUUUCUCUUACUCUCGACGUUUCGCAACGUCCCAGGCGCAGGCGAUCAAAGCGUUCACUGUCAGAUCACCGGGUACCACGUUGGCUUGUAUCGAUCCGUCGCAAUGAAUCGAUCGCAGGACUCCGCUACCUGCACCAGCCACGACACCGGUCGGUCCGUACAAGUUGUCGAUCCACCCACGUAGAGGUUCUCGAUACGUCGAUACCACUGAAAGUAUCCGAUUUUCCAAUUAUCCCCUCUUCUUUUAAUCAACUCUACGCAGAUCACAUACCGAUCGCAGGACGGAAUAUUCCAACGGGCAUAUCGCCGGCCUCUUUUUCGAUGAUGCUUUCGGCUAUCGCUUUAGUGAAGGUGUAGGUGUUUGGCCAGUUACCUAGUAGUCUGUGAAUAAAAAAUCAUGAUUAAUGGCGAGGGAUAGAGACAUUUGGUAUCGGCAUUUUGCCUUCGCUCACCGCGGAGUGAUUUCGUCGAUCAGUUUCUCGUCUAAACAGUCCACCAGAGUCAUCAACUUGUUCGCUUCCAUGGGCGGGUCGUACACUCUCUCCUCGAUGUAAUCGUGCGGGCAGUUUGCGUACGCCGUCGACACGUGUACGAACGACUGACAAUGAGAAAAUGAAGGAGGGUUCGAGAUUGUCGGACGAUUCGUGCAAUUCGUACACGGAGAGAUUGCUCACCUUCAAGCAGGUCACCUCCUUGCAGAGAUCUAUCGUGUCUCUGGGGCUGCGGACGUUGAUCGGUACGGCCAAUUUCAUUUUCUCGUCGAAUCUGACCGUCGCCGCGACGUGAAAAACGAUCGACACUUGUCGCGUUAUCGUCGAUCUGUCCGUGGGGGAAAGGCCGAGACCCGGUUCGCAGCAGUCCCCGGCAAUCGCGACGAUCUGAUGCCGAAAUUUCGGAACCUUCUCCUUCACUUUGUCGAAGAGCUAUGCAAACAUGGAUUAUCAGGCUCGAUCGCGUAAUUCAACGAAAGCCGGAAAAAGGAAAAUCAACGGUGCAAGCGGAAAAGAAAGAAGAGAAAGGAGAGAAUUUGAUCGCGAAAUUGCUAGAUAGGUCGAGGGAAAGCGAACGUUAGAAAUCAUCGGCUGUCAAGCAUUUCAAGGAAACGGUAACAAGUACAUACAUAUCUAUUUGCGCAUCGAGGAACCGGAAGACAAAUAGAGAAAAAGAGAAAGGAGAAAGAUUAUACCGGAUCGUCGAAAAUUUCUUCGACGCGUUGAUGCAUGUCCUUUCCCUUCUUCGGGCGUAUCAACAAAUAGAUACACGAGAUUCCGGGGCAUUCUCGAAGAAGCUUCUCUAUCAGCAACUUGCCCAUGAACCCCGUGCCACCGGUCACGAAGAUGCUUUGCCCGUUGUAGAAGCUCUGGAUCGGGCUGAGUUUCGGCUCCUCCAAGAUCGACUCGUAAAGAUUCUCCCGUGGCAGACGUUCGGUCACGUUCUCGUGGGGGUUGAAGCCGUUUUCCAGUACCGCCGUUUCCUGGCCACACGGCUCCGACAAAACUUCCACCAUCGCGUCGAUGUUUCGCCGUUCGCCGUUGUUCGCUUGCCGCUUCCCGCCUAUCGUUUCCGUGACAAUGCUCGACAACUGAAGCAGAGAAUAAAAUGAUAUCGCGGCUGGUUUAAUUGGGUCCGAGUAAUUUGAAAAGCGCUACUCGUUGCGUGCUGUCGCGAUAGCUAGCCGAAGAGAAACCGCGUACCGUCAUGGAGUGAAAGUUGAUCGUGAACUUGGUCGCUGUCUUUCCCGUGUUCCGAAUCGAAAGACGAACAGACAGAUGUAGGAACCAACGGAUGGACACUCGUUUUAUAACCACGGACCGAGUGAAACGCUUACCACUAUUAUUACUAUUUUUAUCGCUCUACGACAGGGAAACCGUUUCUCUCUCGUUUUUCCUAAGAUUGCGAGUAAACAAACGGCUGGUUAUACUGCUCGGCUGGUUGAAAUUAGAAGAAAAAGUAUGAAUAGACCGAGGCACGUAAGUAGUUAUACGAAAGCGCGUUUUCUCUCGAUCACGGUCGAUCUCGGUCCGAGGAUGUGGGCCCCUUGCUCCUCCUCCUUUAUAUUCUUUCUGUUCUAUUGGCUGUGACUGGUUCCUAGCCAAGGUGCCGAAUGUAGGAAACGCUUGUUCCGUAAACCGCCUGCAGCCUGGAUCAAAGUUCGGGACUACGUCAUCGAUUGCUUUUAACUCUUCGUCUCGUCCGUAAGCGAUCUCACGUUUCUUAACGCGACCUAAUUUCCUCGAAAGUUUUUCCACCACGAAUCUCGAGUCCCGAUCGUUGUUCAUGCACGCAUCAGCGAUUUUAGAAGCGUCGCGCCGUGCCGUGCCGUGCCGUGCCAUACUGUGCCGUGCCAUACUGUGCGGCACGCUGCUCGCAACGUGACGCGUAAAGAUAAAGCAUCCACGCUAGAAUCAGGGCCGUUUCACCGAAAGAAAACGAAAAAAGAAAUCUAUGAAAGCGAUAACGUAGAAAGUUAGAGCGAAGUAACGGUACGGAUGCUGCGCGAGAUACGCUUAACAGGUAACGGGAUCUUCCGUUAAAUAUUCCUGUUCGAAGGUAAGAAUGUCCCAUCACGGGCCGCUAAACGCCUCGAGUUACGUCCGCUCAUACCUCUACCAAGUGGUCGUAUUUCACUCGAAUCGUCCAAAUGAUUUUCCAGACUUGACGCGAUUCUUUGUCGUGCUCGACAUGAAUUUUAACGCGACGAAGAAAGUCGCGUUUCGAUUCUUGCCAUUGGUUUUUACGUUACCAUUGUGGAAAAAUUUAUUCAGCGAAUCUGUAUAACACUUAUUCGCCAAUCGUCGAUCGUCCUAAUACGUUACCGAUCUUCUACCUUGAAAAUCGUGGUCGCACACCCUCUGCGACCCUCUGCACCCCACGCGUAAUGAGUUUGAACGAUUCACAGUUUCACUGACUGACCAUGUCCGAUCGGUAAAUCGGUGAACACCUACUAUCCCGUAUCACUUAAUAUAUCUGAAAUGAACGUUAGGUAUACCUUGGAAACUUUCUCUUGACGCGAAUCUACCGAUCCUGCUGUUAUGCCACCUCGAGUCUUUUGCAAGCGAUACACCUCGGAAUUGUCACCUGUGCCGUUGUUGCUCAUGCUUUUUCUUUUCUUCUCCUUCUACUCUGCUUCGUCCCCUGGCCCCUUCGCACCGCCUUUUGACUCUGAUUCCCCUCUCUUGACCAUUCGAUCGCACUCGACCCCCAGUCAACCACCUCUUUUUUUCGUAACGUUCUUUCGUUCCUCGUUCCUAUUGUCGUAAUCGUUAUCGUCCUCGUCAUCGUCCUCGUCAUCGUUAAGUUUUCCUCCCGGUUUGCCUCUCCCCAUUUUGGUACUUUUUUUUUAUCUCGCACCGAAUUCUUAUACUCGCAUAAUCGCUCAUUGAUCAUUGUAAUCCAACUUCGUAAUCCGGGAAAUUCACCGGGAACAAAAAUCGGAGGAUCAGGGGAAAAAGGAAGAGUGCAUUCGACAGGAGGGGAAAGGGAUAUAAGAAUAGAAACAGAAAUCGAAAAAGAAAGGAAAAAAGAGAAAGAGUGCGAGAGAGAUAGGUGAAAACAUCGAAGACGUUUCAAGGCAGCGCUUCGACGCGAGUUUCGCGCGCGUUUCCUUCGCGGAAUCUGUCGGAAGAACACUGCUCCGCAAUCACGGUUCGCGGCACGAAUUUCGGGCCGUUUAUCAGCGUUCGAGCAGAAUUUCUGCGGGUAUCGCAAAAAAAAAAAAAUCGUACCUUCGGAAUUCAGAGUUACGCGAACCGUAUCGGAUCGGCCGAUAUUCUGCCAACGUUGACCGAAACGGUCGCCGCUGAAAAUUGUACUUACGUUGCGAUACCAGCAUUGAAUUUUACGAAUUCUUUUUAUCCACUCGUCAUUUUUUCUCGCGUCAAAUUGGAUUUCAUUAACUGUACCUUGUUUCUUUUUUCAUCUCGCAGCAUUAUUUCUUCAUAAUGAUAACGAUUAAUUAACAAUUAAGUAAUUAAAGGAUAAAGCAAUGAGGGUCGUUUAUAAUAAUAUAUUCAUUCCUCUAGCACCGCGUCAAGUUUUUAUGAAAAAGUUACCGUGAUAAUUGUUUUAACAUAAUUAUCGAAAAAAUAGGCAAUUAGGUACAUGUGACGUACGACUUCCAGUUCGAGUUUCUCGGACCGAUUACUUUUUCUCCGAUUUAGCUUAUCUCCACCCGGUUAUCCUGCAUCGCGUUCUUCUUAACAUCCUGUCUACUCCACAUCUAAUUAUUGAAUAUAAAAUCUUUGCAUAGGAUAAUAAUUAUGUACAUUCUGUACUCUAUACUGUGUAUUUAUUAUUAAUAUAUAGUAUAGUAUAUUUACAUAAUAUGCGUAUAACCUACUUUCUUGAGGACAAAAGUGGUACCCAAGAAGGCGAAAGUAUAGGAACGAAAUGUGUAGACAAAACUUAAAGGCCGAGUGAUAUCUGUGAUGGCAAGGAACGCGAACAGGAGGACAAAAAUCAGCGGAGUCGCUGGAGGAGAGAAAAGAAAAGCGACUAGUGUAAGGAAGAGAUAAAGAAAGGGCGACGUAUCAUGAAUCUCAUUAUUCCCGCUAAAGUCUGAUCAAACACGGUUUAUAACGAAUCCCAUUUCGCAACGGACAAACAGAUUAACACAAUUAACGUAAUAUAUAUAUAUUUGUUAGCGCACGAACGUGCUAAUUUGAAUAUACCUAGCUGCGAAAAGAAUGCCGCUGUCUUUCAUGGUUACAGAGUUCUUCUUAUGGAACGAAUAGUCACGUUCGAAACAGUGUGUUUAUGCGCACAAACACAAUAAUGACACUGGCUCUUCCUUGAACGCUGGAGGCAACCUUUUUACCACAAGAUACGUCAAUUUAUAUACGUACAUUGUAAUUCGUACUAAUAAAAAAGAAAUUAUAAAACAGAGAACGUUAAAUUGCAUGAUUUAACUCUAACGAGAAAUAUUAGUGUGCACGUUGAAAUGUAGUCUUUCGAAAAUUGAGAGAUAUGCAAAUAUUCGAAAUACAUGUAAAUUUUUGAUCCCUUUAAGGACGGCUAUUUCGAACGAGUCUCACCGCGGAUAACGCGAAUGAAAAUAGGAAAUAAAGUGGGGAAUAGAAAGUAAGAAAAAAAAAUAAGGAACAUAGUAAUUACGAUAAUUUAGUGAAAACUUAUACACGUAUGCGCAUAAAUUUAAUGCUCCACUGUUACUAUUUAUCUCGUUCGUUAUUCUUCUUCCUAGAAUAAGGCGUAAAUAAGCUAGGCUUGGUUUCGAAACGAUCGAGUAGACUUGUAUUUAUUGAACAGGCCUGUUCUUAAACGGAUGGCCGUCGUGUAGUUACGAUUUACAUACGUUUUAAGUAGAAAAAACGAUCCUUUGUAGAAAAGAUUUGCAAGGGCACUUUAAGCAAGGCACAGAGACAUUCGUUAUAUAAGAUCGUUCUUAUAGCUUUAAGAUUUCAAAUGUAGUCGUCUUUCGUGAUUAAUACGCGUGCGAAUAUGUGUUGGCUCUACACUUGUACCGACGCGUCCGUGUACGUGUUUAUGCAUACGCGUACGUAGGUGCGAACCUGUUUGCGCGUGGACGAGCGCGAGGACCAUAGAUAAACGGAUGGGUUGGGAAGAUAAUCGUACGCGCGCAUAUACGAUGAAAGAGACAACGUUGGGCGCAGAGCGAAGGGGGUGGGAAAGUGACGAAGAUACGAGGUGUGGGAGCGAAGAGGAAGGAACGAUACGAAAUAAACAAGACGGAAGAAGAUGGCAAAGGAAGAUGGAAGAAGUAUGCGUGUGUUUGUACAUCGACAUACGUAUCACAGGCGGAACAAAUAAAAUGUCAGCUCGAAGUCGAUAUUUGCCGAGCGUUUCGUAGAAGACGAGAAAAAAAGAAGAAGAAGAA